AUGAGCUUCCAGUUUCCCGUGGCGAGCGAGGAGAAGCGAAAAGUGCAGGUCUUUGACUGUCCCACCGAGACGUGGAAGGAGCGCAAGCCGCGCUUUAACACGAGCAAAAGCCAAUCGAAGGACGAGGAAGUGGAGCUGACGCUGCGGCAAGCGAUUCGCAACGAAUUCGAUGCCACUUUCGAGUCGGUGCUGGAGUUCACUACUUCGAAUUUGAAAGGCAGAGAGAAGAAGAAGCACGAGGAGGAAAAGGUUCAAGCGCUUGGUGGCAAAGCUGUCGGUAACCGGAAAGUGCCGUACAAAGUGCUCAUUGGGAUGAAGACAAAGGGUGCAGCUCGGAAGCAGCGCCGUGAGGACUUGAUGAAGGAGUCCGACGUGCUAACGGGGAAGCGGAGAUCAAGCAGCAAGGCGAAAGUCCAGCAGAAGGGAAGAAAAACCGAUUUUGGUUUGCAGGCUACCAAGGGACGCUUCAAGGGUGGCGUGCUGGAUGUUCGUGGUCUGUAG